GAAAUCCAUUUGCAACAAUGUCUCCGAGUACUAAUAGAACUUGACGCAAGUGCAGAAAGAGAGAGGAUGGUACAACUUGUACAAGAAGAUAUUGAGCUUUACGACAAGUCAAAACUGGAAAUCCAAACCAUUGAAAAGUUAUGGAUCGAGGCGACCAAAGAAUUGAACACCCUUCUCGAAAUGAAUGAAUAUUGGGGACGGCAUGUCAUGCAUUUCAAGAUAAAGCAUGGACUUCUUGCGCUCAAACCUGUUUCGGUAGAUGUCCCAAUGGAUUUGAGUAUUUUAGAAGAACUGGCCAAAUUGUUCGAGAAGGUCGAAGGGUUGAGAAAUCUUGUCCUCUUGGAGAAGAGUGAAUCGAAAAAGGCAGAAUUGGAGAGCCAACUUUCUCAGGGGGAACAAUUCUUGAAAAAUUAUCUCACCCAGAGCACAACAUCCGAUCAAAUUCGUAACAUUGUCGCAUUUACGAAUGAAUUUAUAUCCAUGGCAACCAAAAGUUUGGACAUUUCCUAUGUAAAUCGAGAAGGUGGAAUGAUGGAUAAUAUGAAAAAAUACCGACAACUGUCAGAUCAACAGAAAAAGUUGGGAAGCAAGUUUGCAGAUCUUUUAGCGCAAAAUGAGAAAAUACCUGAACUUAUUUACGACCAGCGAGUGCACGAUGAGACUAAAAGGAUUGAGUUGUAGGUUAUCAUCAGCGGGGUACAAUUACAUAUGUAAAAGUUUGUUCAGAAUUGAAGGCUUUACUAUGUAAUUCAAGUUCAGCCUUCUCCAGUGGCGGCGGAAGCAGGGGGACAGGGGGACAUUGUCCCCCUAGAAAUUCGCCAAAAUCGUAUCUUGCCCAUGUUAAGAAGCCUCUCCUUCUCCUAUCCCAUAAUGUUAAUGUCCCGACAUGUCCCCCCAACUUCCUCCGCCACUGGCCUUGUCACGCAGGCUACGCAACAGGCAUUUCUGUUUUAAACAGAAUAAUGAGAUAUCCGACUGCAAAUACAUAAAUAUGUAUGUAAAAAUGUCUUUCUUAUGCAGUAUUUUAAUAAAAUUGGAAAUGGUAGUGAUAUCAGUUAUUAAUUAAUAUUAAUAUCUAACCUACCAAUGUUAUCGUUAGUGUAGUAUCGCGGUCGCUCGGAAUAUGUAUGUAUCUACACAUACUUUAUUGUUUGUAUUUGAAUAUAAACCACAUAUUUUUGUACACUUGGAGGGAGUUCAAAAAUUGACUCGCGAUUAGCAUGGCCACCCCGAAAUAUUUAGCCGUCAAUUUGUCGGACUUGAGACAUCUCUAACGCAAGGAUAUAUGUAAAUCCCUAAAUUCUACAGAAUCCCAUCUUAUCCAUGUUUCUUGUAAUACAGGGUGUUAAUAAAGUCCGAUCCCAU